AUGGAUCAUCUCAAACUAACUGUAGAUAAGUUGUCCGUUGAAGCCAUAAACGAUCUAGUGCUAGAUGACAGCUGCGGUGCAGUAUCAAUGUUUGUCGGCACUACUAGAGAUAAUUUUGAAGGAAAAAAGGUGUUGCGGCUUGAAUAUGAAGCAUAUGAGCCUAUGGCAUUGAAAGCCAUGAAGAGUAUUUGUGAUGAAGUAAGAAACAAAUGGCCAGCUGUGUACAGCAUAGCUUUGUAUCACAGACUAGGCAACGUCCCGUGCCGUGAGGCGUCGGUCGUCAUAGCGGUCAGCAGUCCACACAGAGCUGAAUCGUUAGCGGCCGUGGGGCAUAUCAUCGAGAGGCUAAAAGCCAGUGUCCCGAUAUGGAAGCGGGAGGUGUAUGCAACUGCUGCGCCACAAUGGAAGGAGAACACGGAAUGUGCGUGGUCUAGUAUACAUAAGAGAGGGGGACAGCCAGUGUGUGUGAUCGAACCUUCAUCAAACUCAUCACCGUCACCGCCACCACAACAAAUCGGCUCAGAACAAAUCCUAGACAAGAACUUAAUACAAAUAAAUGUAUCCAGCGAAGAACUGCAGCAACGAAUACAGAACUUCAUUGAGAGAAAGAGAGAGCAAGUGAACGUUAAUAACAUUAGAGACUUCAUACCGACUAAAGGAGAAAACGAGACAGAAGAAACGGAAACGUGCGCGCGAGUUAGAACGCAAUUCGUUAGGCGAAGUGAUUGUAAAGGGCAUUUGAAAAUCCGCAAAGUGAACAACGAGUGGGGCCCUCAAACCGUGACGCGGCGCGAGUUUUCCCAAGACCUGCCGUCUGCUGGCCUGCCGCCCUCCAUAGCUGAGAGAGUCCUUGCAGUAGAAGACUAUCUGAACAUCAAGUCGGUAUCCCGAGACGUGUUCAAGAGGCUCAAGGAUAUUGAGGACAAGAUCGCGUACUUGCAGUCGGUGUCGCCGGAGUAUGCUCAGUUUUGGAAAAACAACAACGUCAAAGACGAAGAGAAAGAGCAGCAUUCAAUGGACUAUACGUUCUCUGCCGACGACAUAGCGCGCAAAAUCGAACUGCUGGAGAAGCAAGCAUCGUAAUUCCUUUUGGUCUUUUUUGACAAGUUCUAAUUUUUCAUUUGUCAAUCAUAACACAUGACAAUAAGAUUCAAAAUACGUCCUGCUGGUUCGCGAUGUAGUUUAAAUAUA